CUGACAGGUUUAGUCGUGCACAAGCCCAAUUGGAACAGGACAGAAGCAUGUUUGUGAAGACUAAGUGCUUCAUAAUUCUAUCUUUCCUUGCCAUCGCAUGCAUCUUCCUGCGGUGGAUGCUACUGCCAGAUCCUUAUUCAUACCACAGAGUUGGAGAGACCGAGAAGACCACAGUGUUGGGAUACAAUGGCCACCAAUCCAACCAAUCCAGGAUACGUUACAUCAUCUACCUCUGUAACGGGCGAAGAUUGUGUGGGGGAUGGGCAGACAGGCAACGAGGCAUAGUAGCUGCAUAUCUUCUAGCAAAUGUAACAGGACGACGGUUUGGCAUCCAAAUGACCCAUCCAUCAGAUAUAAAGCUCUUCUACAUCCCGAAUAUUGUGAACUGGUAUAUCCAAGAAAGCAAAGUUCAGGGUUUAAGUAAGGAAUAUCUCGGGUGGAUAGACAAUAGAAAGGGGCCUAAAGACGUUAAUGGAGACUUCAACGCCAAACACCCAAGUGAUGUCAUAUUUUUAAGUACAAAUAUGGAUAUUAUCACACUGAUUCAAAAGAGUCCACAAUAUGGUCAUGUUGUUCCAGAACCGUUCAGAAACCCCAACCGUGGCAAAGUGUUUCACACAAUUUGGCAUCUUCUCAUGAAGCCUUCUCUUCAUUUCGAGGAGCGAAUCGACAUGUUUAUGAUUAAAUUACCAAGAACGGAUGAGUUAGUUUGUGCUCAUGUGCGAAUGAGGAGAAAUCCAACCAUUCCAAACGAUGGAGCUCAGAUCAAUUCCUUAUCCACUGUCAAACAUUUAUGGACGUUUCUGUCUAAAUUCAAAAACGCCAGUCGUAUCUUCAUUGCUAGUGACUCCAUGGACGUACGAUUAAGCGCCAGGAAGUAUUUUGGCGCCAGGGAAAUUGAUACUGAUGGGUUGGUGCUUCAUAUUGACAGACAGGCACAUCUGCCUAAUGCAGUGUUGGGCUUCGAGAUGGCGCUACUUGACCAGGCUGUUCUAAGUCGCUGUCAGGUUCUUGUUGUUUCAAAAAGUGGCUUCAGUGUCAGAGCUGCCAUGAUGUCGCACAAGCAUCAAGAGCUUUAUGAAUUCAAUAAAGGCAUGGUCACUCCAUAUCUUCUACUGGAAUCCAAGGUGUUCUAGAAGGCAUUUCUUUCACGAUUACCUGCAGAUGAAGUUACAUUCCAACUAGUUUUACUUAAUAACAACGAUCCACGUGAUGUUUGUGCCAAGCUGGAAGUAUUACAAUUUGGUAUCAUACGUUGCCUUCCUAUAGUUUAUCAUCUGCUUGAAGCAUUUUGACUGUUGACCUGUUGCAAGUUUGUCAAUAUUGGACCUGUAUUAUGCACACAUAUUUGUAAAGAGACAUGAAAAAGAGAUGGUUAUUGAGACUUAAAGUACAUUUUCAAUUUAUAUGUUUACAGCCAUAUUACGAUCGAAAAUAUAUUCAAGGAUUAUG